AUGGGUCUCCACCAACGACGCCUCCAAGAAGGUAGCGACGCCAAUGACGUCGUCGUCGCUCGUCCCACAAGUGGACAGGGUUUUCACCCAGAGAAACAACGCCACAGGGACGAGCUCCAAGAUGACGCCCCCAAUAGGGGAACGACGCCCGCGGGCGCCGUCGUCAUCGUCGUUGGCAGGCUUUCACCCGGAGAAUCCCGUCCCUGUUGCGUGCCCACAUACCGGCAAAGCACAGUAGCAUUCCCGGGACUGGCGUUGCCGUCGUGCCUCCCUGAACCGCGGCCAUCAUGCAUCAACACGUUGCCUCCUCACAGCCACCCUCCACUGCCGUCGUGCAGGCCCCCGCGCAAGCCGCCGCCGGCCGCACCUCCAUGGCAUCGUCGGGGAGGCCACGCGCAAGCCACCCCCGGCCGCAGCACCACGCCACAGCCAACCGCUACACGGGUGCCGCACGCUCGCCGCCGCCAGCCGCAGCACGAGUGCUGCACACCCGCCACCGAGGCCGCCGCCGCGCGAGGGCAGCACCCCAACGCCGACCCUGCGCAGGGGCCCCGCGCCGAAGCCGCCGCUACCGUGGCGCGUGGACUCGCAGCGCACAGUCCACCGCCAGGAAGACAGGUCUCAGGUGCCGGGGCGCCGCCCUCCAUUGCCGUCCGCGCGCGGCCGCCCCAUGGCCGCAGAUCCACCCAUAGGCAUGGCAGAUCCGGCCAUGGGGACGGUGGAUCCGGCCGCGAAGUCGCCGGAGAAGACCCGCCGACCAGCCUCGCCAGGCUCCGCGACGGCGACCUCACCUCCUACACCUGCUUCGGGUCGCAGCACCUGCUACCGAAGUCCCGGCCGCCGCCUUCCUUGCCACCCACCGGACUUCCGGCCUCGGGCUCGGGCGGCGGCAGGGAGGAGGAUAUGGGUGGGGAGCGGCCUCCCGGCGCUGGGGGCUAG